AUGCUUCCCAUCAAGACUCUGCUCGCUACCCUCCUCAUCGCCGAUAGCGUCUUUGCUCUCCCCAAGGCAGCGCCCGACGCCAUUGAAAUCGUUGCACGCGACGCUGCUCCAGUCGCCGAGGCUGCCCCUGAGCCUGCCACUCUUGACAAACGGGCGUGCAGGUGCAUCCGACUCUCAAAUCCAGGCCUUUACUGUGGAUACUGCUACAGUGGCACCAUUGUCACCUCUGGGCGUAUCAACAACCAUGUGUACUGGUGCAACACGGCUGGAGGCUGUGAGGAUCUUGGCGUUAGAAACAGUUGCACUGCCAGGGCGGGACCGUGUGAUGGCAGGGACAGCGGCUAG